AUGUCUUCUCCCUGCGAGGCUCACGCUGUCCAGCAUGGGCCCCCUUAUGCGCCCACCACCGCGGCGGUUGGAGGUCGACCAACCAUCAACACAGAUAUACCAGCGAUCUCUGUCUACCUCUUGCUCUACAUCGUCGGCGCUAUCUGCAACAUGACAAUCUUCCAGAUGAACAGACGUAAGGGUCACAAGUUUCUGGCCUCUUGGGCAAUGUUCGGUUUCUGCAUGGCUCGCAUAGUCAGUUGUGUGUUGCGAAUUGCAUGGACAACCAGACUCCAGAACGCUCGCCUUGCCAUCGCUGCAUCCAUCUUCUUGAAUCUCGGCGUCAUGGUAGUCUAUGCCGUGGUUCUGGUCCUUGCGAGCCGCAUCCUCAGAGCUGCUCAACCACGACUCGGCUGGAAUUUCACUUUGAGGAAAGCGAUCAAGAUCUCUUACAUUGGCAUCGUUGUCGUCGUCAUCCUGUUACUCAGCUUCAUCAUCGCGUCCGUCGAGACCCUGGAUCAAGGCGUCCGCACAGCAUCUCUCUGGGUCCAACGAGCAUCCAACCUCUACCUCCUCUUCUUCAACUGUAUCGCUCCAGUGUUUCUCAUUCUCUCGUGUCUUCUUCCCAAAGACCCUGAAGCCGAAAACUUUGGCUCCUGUAGCAUGCGCACAAAGCAGAUCAUUCUUGGAGUGGCCAGUUUCUUUAGCCUCUUCAUCUCCGGCUUUCGGUGCGGAACAAUCUGGGCUACACCAAGGCCAGCUUCAGACCCUGCUUGGUACGACCACAGAGCUCUGUUUUACAUCGUUCUACUAGGGUUCGAAAUCGUGGUCAUCUACCUCUUCAUUCUGACUCGUUUUGAUCAAAAGUUCUGGGUUCCGGAUGGUAGUCAAGGACCUGGUGAUUACUCUGGCAGAAAUCAGAAGGGCGAAAAGGGAGAAGAUGAGAAGGAAGUAGCAUUCGAUUUGGAGGCACAACCUGUGUGA